AUGAUAGGAGAGGAGAACGAACAGACUGAGAAUGAACAAGAUGAUUCUGGAAAUCCCGUCAAGAAAUCAAAGCUAUCUUUCCUUGUGAAGGGCUUCCAUGAGGACUAUCAAUACCUUCACAAGCACUACAAACAGCUAAUUAGCAAACUAGAAACUGUUGGCCACAGUUCCUCAGGUUCAGAUUCAUCUGAUUCAGACGCGGAAGGAGACGGAUCAGACAAUAAUGUAACUACACCAAAAGUAGUGUUGAAUGAAGAAAAUGGCCUGAACCAUAAGCUUGAUGAGGAUCAUAGCAUGGAAGCAGAAAUUGAGAAGCUAAAACAAAGUACAGAACAAGCCAAGGAAAUAUCUGAUCUGAAGCAGCUACUAGAAAAAGCAAUCAAGGAUAAAGAAGCUACAAGAGGAGAGUUAAGUUUAGAGGUUGCAAAUUUGUCAUCGGAGAAUGAAAAUCUGAAAUCAUUAGUUGAAACUGCAAAGAGGGAGGAAGGAGACUUGCUUAACAUCAUAAAAUCUACGGAGAAUGAGGUCAAAACAUUGUCUAGUGAGAAGCAAACUAUUGAAGAAGAGAGAGAUAACCUGAAGAUGUCAAUUGUAGACAUGAAGAAGGAGAUGGAAGAUCUGAGGAAUCAGCUGAAAGAUACAGUGGAUAAAUGCUGCGUCAUGACAUCAGAAGUAGAGAAGUUCCUGAAGGCUGAGAAAGAGGUGCAGACCUUGUUUGAAGAAAACCAGAACCUGAAGAACCAUAACCUGAUGCUGUCGGUGGAGCAUGAUAACCUGAAAACACUUCAUCAUAACUUAGAUAUUGAGUGCUCUCAACUGAUGGCAACCAUUGUGGAAGCCAAAGCUGAGAAUGAAUCAUUGACCACAGAAAAUCAUUCAGCUGAAAGAAAACUCCAGCAACUGAGGGUGGAAAUAGAUGGCCUGAAGGCUGAGACCACAGAGAUAAUGAACAAUCUGGACAAGGAACGUAUUACUGCAGCAGAAGAAAAAGAAAGGCUAACAACAGAAAAUUCUAUGUACUUGAGUGAGUUAGAGGAGGCACAGUCUAAUGUUAAGGAUCUAGAAAAGGAACUGGAGUCAACAAAAAGUGUUCUCAAUAGUCAUAUUGCGGAGCUACGGAAGGAGAAGAAUUAUGCCACAUCAGAGAUAGAGCGGCUAGAGUCUUCUUUGCAGAAUCUUGAGAACGAUCUGUCACAGCAACUUGAUAGGAUUUCAGAUAUGCAGAAGACUAAUGAAAACCUGGAGCUGGCAAAUUCUAACCUGCAUAAUGAGAUAGUACAAGUACAAGGACAAAAGAAUGAAGCUGUUGCUUCUAUAGUUAAUCUCGAGAGCAUGUUAGAACAGCAAGUACAGGAGAUUUCAAAUCUUCAGGAGGCUAACAAGGACCUCAAAGCAGCAAAGACCGAUCUGUAUAAUGAGGUUACGGUACUUCAACAGGAGAAAAUUGUAGCACUGGCUCAGUUACAAGAAUCUGAGGCUCAAAUCAAGAAUCUUCGGAGUGACUUGGAACAGCAGCGCAACCAAAUUUCAGUUAUCCAGCAAGCAAGUGAAGAAAUGCAGGAUAAAAAUUCUAGCUUGCACAAGCAACUGGAAGAAACUAGGACUAAUCUGCAAGAGGAGAUCAUUGCAUUACAAGUAGAGAAAGAAGAGGCCAUCUAUAGCUUACAGCAGUCAAAUGAUUCACUCAAGACCCUAGAAGUCCAGUUAGAGCAGCAAAGAGAAGAAAUUUCUGUUCUGCAGCUUGCUCACGAAGACUUGCAAAAUAGCAAUUCCAACCUAGAGAUGCAAUUGGAAGAGGCGAAGGUUAGUCACCAUGCUGAAAUUUUAGCAUUAGAAGAUGAAAAGAACAAGAUUAUUUCAGAGUUGCAGCAGUCCGAUGGUUGUAUCAAGAACCUUAGAAUUGAGUUGGAGCAAGGAAAAGAGCAAACCUCAAUCUUGCAUCAUGCUAAUGAAGAUAUGAAGAAUAACAUUUCUGUCUUGGACAAGCAAUUGAAGGAGGUCAGGAGCAGUUUGCAUGCUGAAAUUGCAGAAGUACGUGCAGAGAAGGACACAGCUCUAUCAGAGUUACAGAUGUCUCAGACUUCCGUCAGGAACUUGGAGAGUGUGCUAGAAAAGCAAAGCGAGAACAUUUUAACUCUAGAACAAGCUAAUCAUAAGUUACACAAUAAAAUAUGUACCUUGACAGAGCAAGCAGAACAAGCCAAGGCUGAGCUGCAUAAGGAGGUAGCGGCAAUAAAAGAAGAGAAGGAUAUAGCACUAACACAACUAAGGCAGUCAGAGAUUUCAAUACAAGAUCUUGAGAAUGAGGUGACACGACUGAAACAGGAACUUUCAAUUCAGCUGGAAAAAAAUUCCACCUUAGACAAGCAAUUUGAAGAAGUCAGGAGCAGUCUGCAUGCUGAAAUUUCAGACCUACGUGCAGAGAAGGACACAUCUCUAUUAGAGUUACAGAUGUCUCAGGCUUCUGUCAGGAAUCUUGAGAUUGUGGUUGAAAAGCAAACUGAGAACAUCUCAACUCUACAACAAGCUAAUGAUGAGUUACAGAAGAACAUCUACACUUUGACUGAGCAAUCACAACAAGCCAAGGUGGAGAUGCAGGAUGAGUUGAAGGCAAUACAAGAAGAGAAGGAUGCAGUGCUAACACAACUGAAGCAGUCAGAGACUUCAGUACAAAAUCUUGAGAAUGAGGUGACACAACUGAAAGAGGAGCUUUCCAUCCAGCUAGAAAACAAUUCCUCCUUGGACAAGCAGUUUGAAGAAGCCAAGAGCAAUCUGCAUGCAGAAAUUUCAGACCUACGUGCAGAGAAGGACACAUCUCUAUUAGAGUUACAGAUGUCUCAGGCUUCUGUCAGGAAUCUUGAGAUUGUGGUUGAAAAGCAAACUGAGAACAUUUCAACUCUACAACAAGCUAAUGAUGAGUUACAGAAGAACAUCUACACUUUGACUGAGCAAUCACAACAAGCCAAGGUGGAGAUGCAGGAUGAGUUGAAGGCAAUACAAGAAGAGAAGGAUGCAGUGCUAACACAACUGAAGCAGUCAGAGACUUCAGUACAAAAUCUUGAGAAUGAGGCGACACAACUGAAAGAGGAGCUUUCCAUCCAGCUAGAAAACAAUUCCUCCUUGGACAAGCAGUUUGAAGAAGCCAAGAGCAAUCUGCAUGCAGAAAUUUCAGACCUACGUGCAGAGAAGGACACAUCUCUAUUGGAGUUACAGACGUCUCAGGCUUCUAUUAGGAAUCUUGAGAUUUUGGUUGAAAAGCAAACUGAUAACAUUUCAACUCUACAACAAGCUAAUGAUGAGUUACAGAAGAACAUCUACACUUUGACUGAGCAAUCACAACGAGCCAAGGCGGAGAUGCAGGAUGAGUUGAAGGCAAUACAAGAAGAGAAGGAUGCAGUGCUAACACAACUGAAGCAGUCAGAGACUUCAGUACAAAAUCUUGAGAAUGAGGUGACACAACUGAAAGAGGAGCUUUCCAUCCAGCUAGAAAACAAUUCCUCCUUGGACAAGCAGUUUGAAGAAGCCAAGAGCAAUCUGCAUGCAGAAAUUUCAGACCUACGUGCAGAGAAGGACACAUCUCUAUUGGAGUUACAGACGUCUCAGGCUUCAAUUAGGAAUCUUGAGAUUUUGGUUGAAAAGCAAACUGAUAACAUUUCAACUCUACAACAAGCUAAUGAUGAGUUACAGAAGAACAUCUACACUUUGACUGAGCAAUCACAACGGGCCAAGGCGGAGAUGCAGGAUGAGUUGAAGGCAAUACAAGAAGAGAAGGAUGCAGUGCUAACACAACUGAAGCAGUCAGAGACUUCAGUACAAAAUCUUGAGAAUGAGGUGACACAACUGAAAGAGGAGCUGUCCAUCCAGCUAGAAAACAAUUCCUCCUUGGACAAGCAGUUUGAAGAAGCCAAGAGCAAUCUGCAUGCAGAAAUUUCAGACCUACGUGCAGAGAAGGACACAUCUCUAUUGGAGUUACAGACGUCUCAGGCUUCAAUUAGGAAUCUUGAGAUUUUGGUUGAAAAGCAAACUGAUAACAUUUCAACUCUACAACAAGCUAAUGAUGAGUUACAGAAGAACAUCUACACUUUGACUGAGCAAUCACAACGAGCCAAGGCGGAAAUGCAGGAUGAGUUGAAGGCAAUACAAGAAGAGAAGGAUGCAGUGCUAACACAACUGAAGCAGUCAGAGACUUCAGUACAAAAUCUUGAGAAUGAGGUGACACAACUGAAAGAGGAGCUUUCCAUCCAGCUAGAAAACAAUUCCUCCUUGGACAAGCAGUUUGAAGAAGCCAAGAGCAAUCUGCAUGCAGAAAUUUCAGACCUACGUGCAGAGAAGGAUACAUCUCUAUUGGAGUUACAGACGUCUCAGGCUUCUAUUAGGAAUCUUGAGAUUUUGGUUGAAAAGCAAACUGAUAACAUUUCAACUCUACAACAAGCUAAUGAUGAGUUACAGAAGAACAUCUACACUUUGACUGAGCAAUCACAACGAUCCAAGGCGGAGAUGCAGGAUGAGUUGAAGGCAAUACAAGAAGAGAAGGAUGCAGUGCUAACACAACUGAAGCAGUCAAAGACUUCAGUACAAAAUCUUGAGAAUGAGGUGACACAACUGAAAGAGGAGCUUUCCGUCCAGCUAGAAAACAAUUCCACCUUGGACAAGCAGUUGGAAGAGGCAAUGUUGAAAGUGUCAAACCUACAUGAGAAUCUUGAGAAGGCCCAGGCUAAAGCAGCUUGUCAACUUGAUGGCAUGAGACUGAAGGUUCUCCACCAGAGCCUUAGGGGGGCUGUUGGUAGCUGUCAGAGGCUUCAGCAUGCAUAUGAUGAGGUGUCCACAAGGGCAUCACAUCUUGAGAUACUUAAGAGGAGUCAGAUGGAGCAGAUAGAUCAGAUGGAGCAGAAAAACACAGAAACUGUGAACAAACAUCGGCUUCUGGAAGAGGAAAAGUUAUCUGCAAAUAAGGAGAAUAUUAAGCUACAAAAGCAUGUCCAAGACCUUGAAGUUCAGCUCCAGCUAGCAAAGCAGAAGCUUAAAGUUACUGAAGCAGAAAGCAAAUGCAAAGAAGAGAGAUAUGCAGCGGCAGUGGAAGCGUUGCGGGCAGAGAUCCGUCAUCUUGAACAAUCAGUACAGCAGUUUUCAGGGAGAGUCAGCUUGCUGGAAGGAACUCUCCUGCAAGUUAAAGGACAUGCUGAAUCAGGGGUCUCUAAAUGGGCUGACAAAUUGGAUGAGCUAGAAACACUCUUCAGUCAGAAUUUUGUGCUCUUCAUUGACCGCUCAUCUGCAUGUAGUGACGAGCUUAAAGUCUUAAGGAAGAAGGUACAUGAUCAUCUUAAUGAACAGAAGGAACUUGCCAAUGUGAACAAUGAGCUGGCUAUUAGGUUGAAAGAGAAAGAAAUGGUGGUGUCAGAAAUGGUGAAGAGUGCUGCAGAGGCAGAGGCAAAGAUGAUCCAGCUCGAGAAGACAGUGGACGAGAAAGAAGACGAGCUAGCAGCUAGAGUGCAGGAGAAGAGAGAAGCCAUCAAGCAGCUGAGUGACACCAUUGUUUACCACAAGAACUAUAGCGAUGACCUGGUGCGCUACAUCCGCAGUCAGAGUCGCCCUCGCCUCCCGUUCUGCCUUUAA